CUGUGACGUCUCUGCUAAAGUGUGAAGAGAAAGUCUGAUCUAUUUCUAGAUCAGACACUGUCUAGAUCGACUGAGAUGUCAACAGUCGGAGGAAGAGUCUGGAAAGAGAGUGGGAAGCGGAUGUACUGGUUUAUCCUGGCUUACCUUCUUCUCUUGGCUUUACCAUGCACGGGCUUCCUCCCCAACUUUUGGUCUCGAGUGUUAACGCUGUCGUGGGACUCACACACGCACCAAUACAUCACGGAGCAGGCCAUUCUAAAUGUCACCCUGGAGACUCUGAAGAGCAGCAAGAAACACCAGGCAGAGGAGCAGACCAGACUAGGACGCAGCUUCUGGAGAGCUGUAGGAGAAGUGGUGAAGUCCAACGCAGCGAUGGACUUCCUGAGCUCCACCAGGUCUGACCCAGUAUAUCACUUUGAUUCAGAGCGCGUGGACAGUGCACUGGUCAUGUUACGGCAGUUCUGGGCUCAGACUCUUCUGUCAGUGCGAGCAGAGGAGUACCAAAGUGCUCGCCACAGCUUGGGCCAAUUAUGUCACUCCCUGCAGGACUUCUACAGCCACAGUAACUGGGUGGAAAUGGGCCAUCACUCCAUAUACCACCAUCUCCUGCAGCCAGAGGAGCCGGCCGUCCCUGUGGCUAACGCGGACACUCCCACCUGUAUGGAAUGCUUCAGCGCCACCUGUCGAAACAACCUCUUGCCAAGACUGACAAACAGUCAGCAACACCCCCAGCUGCUCACCACUGGUUACUUCAGCACUUCCCCUCCUAAACCUCGGGGUAAAUGCAGUCACGGAGGUAUUCUGGACAGUAGCCGCUAUAUGGAAGCCAAAGGCGGCAUCAACAAAGACAGCACCUCACCUCUCUUCUCACCUCACUAUUACCUCCAUGUGGAAGCUGCCACUUUGGCUACUGAGGCCACUCUGAGUGUACUGCGAGACCUCAGAGACACUGUGGGCCACACGUCUUUCCUCCGACUCUUCAGUGUGAAGCAGGCACCAGCUUUGGUGUUUGUGAUCGACACCACCGGCAGCAUGUUUGAGGAGAUCACAGCUGCUCGCCUCCGGGCGCAUUCCAUCAUCCAGAGCCAAGCCAACAGUCCUGGAGAGGCUGGCACCUUUCUACUCAUACCCUUCCAUGACCCAGUUGUAGGGCCAGUGUAUGAGACCAGUGACCCAAACCAGUUCAUGGAGCACAUGGAUAACCUGAUAGCGCUUGGAGGGGGAGACGAACCAGAGAUGUGUCUCUCUGCUAUUCAGCUGGCACUCACUCACAGUCCACCUCUGUCAGAGAUCUUUGUCUUCACCGAUGCCUCACCUAAAGAUGCGCAUUUGUUUGACACAGUGAAGGCACUGGCCCUUGAGAAACAGAGCAAGGUGACGUUUCUCCUCACUGAAGACCCCAACCACAAAGCAGAGGACAGAGGGAGGAGGAGGAAGAGGAGGAUUGUGGAAUCUUUGUCCCCUGAUCGUUUCUCGCUCUAUUCGUCCCUCUCGUCUGUGUCAGGAGGACUGACUAUAUUUACCACCAACUCUGACAUCCUCAGGGUCUCCACCAUAGUAGAGGAUAACACAGCUGCUGACAAGGUGACCCUGCUGCAUGUGGAAAGUGCCCAGGAUCUUGUGUCCUCUCAUUCCUUCAGAGUUGACAGCUCGGUAAAAAAUGUCACGUUUCACAUCAUCGGCGUCCUGAAAGAGUGCAUCCUGACCAGUCCUUCAGACAAAAGCCAGUCUCUGUUGGGCGAGAGCGGCCCCUUCGCAGAGUUGGAGCAGUUCGAGGGUCUGUACCGCAUCAACAUGUUUCCUCCAAUACAGCCGGGCCAGUGGAGAGUCCACGCCAAGAGUGAUGGACACCUCACAGUCAAUGUGAUCGGUGACAGCAGCAUAGAUUUCCUGUAUUACUUUGCCACUGUAACCAAUGACACACACCCAGGUCUGGCUAGAGUGGAAGGUAGUCCUGUCGCAGGUGUCCCUGCCUUUCUGGUGCUGGCUGUCACAGGCCUGGUUCCUGACGACGAGGCAUCUUUCAGUCAUGUGACACUCUUGGGGGCUACAGGGGAGAACCUCCAGCAGGUGAAGUUGAAUUCCUCCUCCUCCUCGUCCUCUUCUUCAUCAUCUCAUUCCGUGGACCAGCUGGUGGGAUGGGUGGACUCGGUUCCCAGAGUUCCCUUCUGUGUUCGACUUACAGGUCGAGACACAACAGGAAAGAAGCUGGAGAGGGUUUCCACGGAGAUGGUACAGCCCACUCACGUUCAGAUACAGGUGUUGCCUGUCCCUCGCCUGGUACCUGGCCACAGUUCGGUUGUGGAUUUCAGCAUCCUGAACCAUGGCCCGGCCCGACUCUUCAGUCUGAGCAUGGAGGACGACUGUGGAUAUCUUCAUAAUAGAGGACCUCACAGGUUCCAUGUUACAGAACACGGGUCCUUUCAUGAUCAGGUGAACCUCCACACGCCUGCGACAGCUCAGGCCGGAGCAACAGUCACUCUAACACUCACUGUGCGCGCUCUUGACUCUGCAGACUCAAAUUAUGCGGUCGCCUACUUGACCGUGGUCCCUCUGGAUCCUGAUACACUGCCACCGUCCUGCUCUGCUGCAGGAGGACAGUUCACCUGUCCCUCUAUUUGCAGUCUGUCUAACUGGAGUGUGUCUCUGGUCGUGUCAGACAGAGGGCGCUCUGGCCUCGCUGCCCUCCAGCUACAGAGAGGUGAAGGUGCUCUGACUUUACAUCUCAGUCCUCCUCCCACAGAGGACAGCAUAAGAACAGCCCAGUCCAGCCUCCAUAAGCACCAAGCACACAGGGACCAGACAACCAGCAUGGGGCGCCACUACCAUCAUCACUACAAGGCCAGAAUAGAGAGAGGAGACUUGCCUUUAAAUGUGUCAGAAUGGGCCUCAUCUCAGCCUCUGUGGGUGAGAUACACAUCCAGCUGCUGCUCUGCUCAUGCAGAGCUGCUGGUGUGGGACACAGCUGGAAACAUGAAGCGCUGCCACCUCAUGCCCGGUCAGCAGAGACAGCAAAGAGACAGGAGCACAGAGACCAAUGGAACUGAGCACAUCGCACUCACUGCACUCUCUUACUUGUUCUUUGUCCUGCUGUGGUUUCAUUUGCUUUAGCUCCAUGUCAUUAUUAGUGUUUUGCAGGUCAAAAUACUUAUGUAUGUGGUCAUCACUGGAUCUGAGUCUUCUAGAUGAGAAGUAAAUCCAAGGCAAUAUGAAGCUUGU